AUGGGCCCCGGCAAUGACGUCCCGCCAACACUGAAAACGGGUACUUUUUCGCCUGGAAACUGCCAACGCGCAGCCCUGCCGACCAUCAUCAUCUCGAUGGCUGUUGAGGACGAAGAUGAAGCCGAGGAGGACCAAUUCCUUAACCUUCUCGAGAGCCGCGACCUGCAAAAAUUUGUCGACGAGUCGCUGGACGACGGGCAACACUCGCACAGUGAGGAGGAAGACGCGGCCGCCGAGAAGGACCUGUCCGCCGAGUACAGCCGUCAAAAACCCGCCGAACUGUUCGAGAACUACGCGAGUACUUUUUCGGAGUUCCGCGAUGGUGUCAUGGAGACGGAGGGCGAGGACCUUGGCUUUGGACAUCGGGAGGCGAUCAAAACGGAAGUGCAGAGCACUCGUUCGAUCAUCCGCUUUGUGAAAAUCGCCUACCCAGAAUUUUGCGGGCCGGAUGUGGCGUUGGACAUGCAGCCGCUGCAAGCCAGCUCGUCGGCUUUGCGCUCGAUCGUGACGCAGAAUCGGGCGAGCAGCGACUUUUCGCGGCGGGUCGUCUACUGCAUUGAUGAGCUGAGCGAUGUCCAUUCGGGAGCCGACCGGCCCGCCGAGCAGUUGAUGAACAUCGAUGAGCAGCGGAUUGGCCGGCCCAGCCCGUCGAUCAGCAACUUGAUGUUCGAGAGCCGGUUUGAAAGCGGAAAUUUGCGAAUGGCCACCCUGGUCGGUCCCAACCACUACGAGCUGAUCCUGUCGCCAGAUAUCAACCAGACGCGCGACCACUUCCAGUGGUUCUACUUUGAGAUCUCGAACAACCGCGCCAACGUCCCCUACACGUUUGAGAUCAUCAACAACCUCAAGACGACGAGCAUGUUUGGGAAAGGGAUGCAGCCGGUGAUGUUCUCCGUGACCGAGGCGACGAGCGGGCGGCCGGGCUGGGUCCGGGCCGGGCAGCAAGUUCACUACUAUCGAAACCUCUACACGAUCGGCAACGAUGAUGACGAGAAUGCGAAUGAGAAGCCGAGGGCUCUCUACACUACCCGCUUUUCCGUGUCGUUCCGCCAUGCCGCCGACGUUGUAUACAUCGCCUACCACUUCCCGUACACGGUUGCCCUGUGGCGCCAAUUCGGCCUGCCCCGCGUCUACACGAUGGAGAGCACCUACUGCGGCUUUGACACCGGCAAAUAUCGCGGUCAACAGAUUGGCGUCUACGAGCUGAAGGAGAUGGGCGCGAAGCUGGUCUCCGCGUUCCCGCGCCUCCAGAAAGCGCUCGUCAGGGCCGGCAGCGAGGGCAAGGAGAACGAGAAUUCUUCUGAUCGGAAGUCAUCAAAGAAGGGCCGCCUCAGCCGCAGCCACUCCAGCAAACGCCAAAAGUCGGCGCAAGGCCGCCGCAACGGGUCGAAACAGUCGAUUGCC